AUGGAUUCUACACAAUCUUCGAACAGGAAGCAGGCUAUCUCAAAGCCGAUGACUGAUAAAACAUGGUCUGAAAUUGACAUUGUAGAGACUAACCCUCGCUUGGAAGAAAACAAUAAUGCUGCGACCGCGACUAAGGUACUGCCUAGAACAAGGGUGGUCAAGCACACGCAGACAUCACUUGAAAGCGCUUCACGAACCAGAACUAAAAAGUUCAAGCGCGAAAAUGAGUCUCUGGGGACUUCGCGUUCUGUACCUUCGAGAAAAUUAGUAAUCACACCCCCUUUGGAGACCAUCCCGAGCCUUAAUAACAACGUCGAUUCUCUCCAACCAGAAUUCAAUGCCAACUCCAUCACUGUCAAAGAGUUGAUAGAGAUAUUUGUUGCGUACAAAAUUAAGUUCUACCACAAUUCAAAGAAAGAAUCUCUUAUCGCUCUAUUCGAAAAGGAAGUUGAACCCCGAGCUAGUGCUACAUUAAGGGAACGUGCAAAAAUAAAACGCUCGGCCGAGGGUAUCGUUAAUGUUAGAUCCUACGAGCCCGUGUAUCAAGAAACAAACCUGAUCAUGCAUUAA